UCCUUGAUGCUCGUGUCACACGCUGCUCCCAGGGAUGAAGGUUUGGGAGAGCUGCGUGAAUUCCGUACUGUGAGAGGAGAUGUUCGGACGGGCGUCUCUUCGACCUUUUCAUUUUUUUUUAUGUACAUAUUUUUCUCUUUCUUUCGUUUUUUAAUCCGCCUCGGCCGUGAGGGUGGGACACAUCCGUUUGUGUUUUUGUAGUUCACACGCUGUGGGCCAGCUGCUGCCGCUGCCGCUGGGGCUUUUAUUUAUUUAUUAAUUUAUUUUCCUGGAAAUGUGCGCAGAUGAGUCUUUGAAGGAGACGCUGUUAGCGAGGGAGUGGUUCGUUUCGGCCGACAGACACCUACCAGCUGGGAAAAGAGAAGGGGCUUCUUGAAGCGGAGACACAUUGGCCCGUUCGAUUCCUCUUUGUUUUUUUUUGUUUUUUCUCGUCUCGUCUGGUCUGACUCGAAGGUAGAAGAGGAAGAAAGAGUGGGCUGGUGGAGGGAAGCCGUGCUGAUACACCUUUAGCCUGGGGGACAGAAUAAUGGAAACACCGGACGGGACUUUUUAUCGCUGGUCUAGAGACAGAAUGAGCCGUUGUUCCAGCCAGAUUAACACAAACACGAGCGCCGUGUAGACACAGACCUCAGCGCCGGACACCGUCUCCUCUUCCUCUCUUCCGCGCAGGGCGGUGACACAACACAGCCCUGUAACUGGAAAUGCGGAUUGUUUGAGCUUAUCGCCCUUUUACGGCUUCUAGCAGGAGAAAAUCACCCAGGCCAGCCUGUAGUCUGUCAGUCUGUCUGUCUGUCUGAGUGAGGGAGUGAGGGCAGUGGCUGCCUCGAGCCAGAGCUGAGCAGUGGGUGUGAGACUGUGAGAUGCAGGGGGGCAAAUGACGGUAGAUUUGCCUCGUCACUGGUACAUUUUGUACAUAUAUAACUAAGUAGAAGGAAUAUUUGGGAGGCGUCGUUGGGAGUGAAGAGCUCAGGAACAAUGUCUUCUCGUGCAGCGCUACAGCCUGGGAACGACAGAAAUUCAGACCAUCAUGCCACGCUCUCUGCCAGUCGCUCAGAGAAGGGCUCGGCCUGGUCAAACCGCUCUCUGGGAGCUCGCUGCCGGAACUCCAUCGCCUCCUGUUCAGAUGAGCAUCCCCACAUCGGCAACUACCGACUGCUCAAGACCAUUGGCAAGGGCAACUUCGCCAAGGUCAAGCUGGCACGUCACAUUCUGACUGGCAGAGAGGUUGCAAUAAAGAUUAUUGAUAAAACUCAACUGAACCCAACCAGCCUACAAAAGCUCUUUCGAGAGGUACGGAUAAUGAAGGGCCUCAACCACCCAAACAUAGUUCAGCUUUUUGAAGUGAUUGAAACAGAGAAGACAUUGUACCUUAUAAUGGAGUACGCCAGUGGCGGUGAAGUGUUUGACUAUCUCGUGGCCCAUGGGAGAAUGAAGGAAAAGGAGGCGCGAGCUAAAUUUCGGCAGAUUGUAUCUGCUGUUCACUACUGUCAUCAGAAGAACAUUGUUCACAGGGACCUGAAGGCGGAGAACCUCCUGCUUGAUUCAGAGUCCAACAUCAAGAUCGCAGACUUUGGCUUCAGUAAUGAGUUCACGCUGGGCAAUAAGUUAGACACAUUCUGUGGCAGCCCCCCAUAUGCCGCCCCUGAACUCUUCCAAGGCAAGAAAUAUGACGGGCCCGAGGUGGACAUCUGGAGCCUGGGUGUCAUCCUGUACACGCUGGUCAGCGGAUCAUUGCCCUUUGAUGGGCAGAACCUCAAGGAGUUGCGUGAGCGGGUGCUGAGAGGAAAGUAUCGAGUGCCAUUCUACAUGUCCACUGACUGUGAGAGCAUUCUGCGCAGGUUCUUGGUGCUCAACCCUACCAAACGUUGCUCCCUAGAGCAAAUCAUGAAGGAUAAGUGGAUGAAUGUUGGAUAUGAUGGUGAUGAGCUGAAGCCACAUGUAGAGCCUUUGGAGGACUACAGUGAUCCAGAACGGAUAGAGGUAAUGAUAGGUAUGGGUUACUCUCGUGAGGAGAUCAGGGAAGCUCUGACCACUCAGAAGUACAAUGAGAUUACUGCCACCUAUCUGCUGCUGGGGCGCAAGAGUGAGGAUGGCGUUGAGUCGAGGUCGAGCAGUAGUCUGUCUCUGGCACGAGUGCGGCCAAGUCCCAUAACCAACGGUACCAGUAAACACUCUUCCACCUCCUCGUCCGGCUCUGCCUCAGCCGCCACCCACAGCAAAACCCAACGUAGUGCCUCUACCUACCACCGUCAGAGGAGACACAGCGACUUCUGUGGUCCUGCAGUGCCGACAGCCCACCCUAAACGCAGCCCCACAAGUGCAGGUGACUCUGAUCUGAAAGAGGAGCGGCUGGCCACAAGGAAAACCAGCUGUAGUGUGGUGGGCAGCCGUAGUAUCCCUCCCUCCAGCCCUAUGGUCAGCACAGCCAACAACCCCAACAAAGCAGAGAUCCCAGACCGCCGCAAAGACGUCACUGUCACCACGAACAACAUCCCAGCAAGUGCCAUGACCCGCAGAAACACAUAUGUAUGUACGGACCGCUCCAGCACUGAUCGACACACUUUACUGCAGAACGGCAAAGAGAACAGCUCACUCUCACACCGUUUACCUCCGGCCUCCCCCUCCACCCACAGCAUCGCCGGGGCGGGGGUUGCCACUUCCUCAUCGGCGGAGCGUUCCCGCCUGACCCGAGGCUCCACCGUCCGCAGCACCUUCCAUGGGGGUCAGCUCCGAGAGCGCCGGACCCCUACCCAUGCUCCGCCCACCUCCCCCACUCUUUCCCACGAUGCCAGCCCCCUGCCCCAUGUACGCAGCCGUGCCAGCUCCAACCUCUUCAGCAAACUCACCUCCAAGCUUACCCGCAGGGUCACUCUUGACCCCUCUAAGCGUCAGAGCUCAAACAAGUCCGUCUCGGGCUGCCCUCUGCCACAUGGAUCGAAAACAGUUAGGUCACAGACGAACCUGAGAGAGUCUGCAGAUCUCCGGUCACAAGCCCCAGAAGCAAAAAAUCAGGUUAAAAACAACAGUCGCCAUCUAUCUGGGCAUCAAAAAGCGGCAGAGCCCCGGACCCCCCGAUGCGGCUGGGAUGUGAGGGUGCGGAGCCCGCGGGACCCUGCGGAGGUGGUGUCGGCACUGCGGGAGGCGGCACAGGGCUGUGGUUGUCAGGUACACCAGGCUGGACCCUUCCUGCUGUCCUGCACGCAUGGCGCCGCCGGCUCAAGAGUGGCCUUUGAGGCCGAGGUAUGCCACCUACCUGCCGGCCCCAACGAGACCAGCGGCGUCCGCUUCAGACGUCUGUGGGGGGCGCCGCUUGCCUUCCGGGACAUCGCCACCAAAGUGUCCAAAGAGCUGGAACUCUAAGGGCCACAGAGGGGGUGGAAGGGAGGGGACGGGCAAGAGCAUGGGACGGAAUGACUGGUGGGAGGCAGAGAAACCAGGGGUGUAAAUGUGUGACCUUGUGGGCUGGGUAAUGAUUCUUUAGGAAACCAUUUCCAGUUUAAUUCAGUUCAGUUAUUUUGGUACGAUUCAGGAUUCUGUUCAAACAUUAAAUUUAAAACCUAAAUGUGAAUGGAGGAACUAUUUACACAGCACUGAAAAAAAAAAACAUUCAUUGCAUGCAUAUAGUAAUAUAAAAUACAUACGAAUACUAAUAUAGAAUGGCCUGUUAAUGUGUUAGUAUUCCUAAUUUCUAUAGUGUAUUCAUAUUAUUAUAAUUCAUAAUUGUCACAAUUAAUAUUACAAUAUAUGGGGAUAAUGUUAUAAUUAAUUGUAAUCAUUGUUCUAAAAUCGAUGCAGUUGAAUCGCCCCUUUCAGAUGCAUUUUUACACCCUUAGGAGGAACCUCCCACUCCACAAAGCCAAAGCCCACCCCCACCUCCUCGCAGCUCAAACAGACUCUUAUAUGGACUCUGAAAUACACGCAAAUGCGGAGAGCCUUGUGCCUGCCACACACACACACACACGUCCUGCUGAGAGAACACCCCUCUUUCCCGCUGAUUUUUACCGGGUGUUUUAGCCAAGUUGUUUUCUAUUCCAGUUUUUUCCAGAAAUACCACAGUGUCUCAGCCUUUCAUAUCAUUUCCUUUGAACAGCUGCUAUUUAGUUGACUUUUUCAUUUACUUGCAUCUAGCAAGAGGGUCAGUUGCAAAAUUCCAUUUUUUUCCUUUUCAUAUGAAACUCACAGCUUCGGUUCUAAAACAGAUGUCCUGAAGAACUGCGGACUGUGGGUUCUCUUACAUCUUUUGUAUUAACGUUUUUCCAUGUGAAAAGCUGCCUAAUUACAGGUGUAAGAGUCUGUCUAAUGGGAAUAAAAGCUGUCUAGACCUGUUUGGGAGAUUAGCAAUGGCUGCUUUUCUGAGCCACUUACAGUGUGUAGCCUUUUGUGGGUUUUUUUUUCUUUCCUGCGUUUCAGCAGUUGUUUUUCUGUUGUACAUCCUCCAUUAUCAUACAGUAGCACUUUAGAGUUGAGUGAGCACCACUUUUUUUUUAACUGUAAUUUCCCCUUAAAUGGUACAAUGCACCUGUCCAGCCAAGCCAACACUCCUUUUCUCCUGUAUUUUAGCUGGUAAAAAGCCUGUCACCUGGCCAAAAGAGGACCCUGCUAAAUGGACAUAAGACUGCUGUUCAUCACCAAUUUGAUAUAGCAAAUGACCCUAAAGAAGAAAACAUCUCUCUAGCAGAGCUCCCUGCACUGUGCGAAAUUUAUUAGUACAACAUUUGUAAGAAACCCCGGAAUGUGCAAGUCUAGUCGUAGCCUUGAAGUCAUCUAGCAGUCGUUGAAGUACUAUUUUUGAUAAUGUGACAAGAAAUGUUGGGGUGCUAACAUUUGUCUGCCAAAUUAUCCUGUGAUAUGUUCUCAGUACUGUUUGUUGUAAAUGACUUUGUUUGUAUUUUUAGCCCAAAAGGCCCCUUUAAAACACUGUCAUAAUUACUGUUUGUAAUGGAUCAUUUUAGUAAUGCUAGGGUGUUGUAAAGAUGGACAAACCACCAGGUAUCCUUCAUUAAGUCCUUCAUUAAGGAUAACUAUAGCUGUACUGUUCCUAUGAGCACCAUUCUGGGUUUGCUAAGGCACAAGGGCUAUCUGUAGAAAUGUGUGGGCCAAGAUUUGAUUAAGCGAUUUGCAAAAUAUUGAAAAUGUCAUUGUUUUUGUUAUGAGCCACAACCGCAUCACCUGGAAGAGAUCCGAAAUUCUUCUGAAUUGUAUAUAAACGAGCUAUUACUGUGUCAAAUUCCACAUCCCAGUUUUUGUUGUUUGAAGAAAAAAAAAAAAAACACACUAAAGCCAAUUCUGUCUUUCUGAUAUAAACGUGACUGUAAAAUCUAGAUUUGCUUCGCUUGCUGUUCACUAGUGAUCUAUAAUAGUGAUAUUGAAUUGAAUUGAAUUGAAUUGAAUUGAAUUGAAUUGAACUGCAUAUAGUUAAUUGACCUGAACCAUUGCAGCUGUAUGUUCCGUGCUCAGAGAUCUGUGAGAUAAUCACUUAAUGCAAGGUGCAGGAUCUGUUUACCUGGGUACAUUGCAGAAUGUACCAACUUUCAUACAGUCCGACCUGUCUACUACGUUAAUGACUUGGCACAUUGCUGAUUUCAUAUGGCAGUAUGAACGAUUCACAGUUGUAUAAACAUCGUGUUUCCAAUGGCUUCUGCAACUAGGUCAGCAUAUUUAUGUUAUUUUUGAAACUGUGUGCAAACCAUAAGAACUAAUAGAUGUUCAGGUUAAAACUUUGCUGUAGAUUGUGCGGAAAUACCAGCAGAGUCUGGUUCAAAGGAAUUUAGUCAAGUUAAAAGCUUACUGUUUGAACAAGCAUUGGAAUUAUGUGUGACUUCUUAUGAUCCCAGUCAGGAUUUGGAAAAAAGGUCACUCUGAUCCAGCAGAAAGUGUGUUUGUGGAGAGUCAGUGGGUGAGUGGGGUCAGUCCUAGGGGAAAAAAAGCAUGUGAUGCUUUUAUUUUUGAGAAAAAAAUUUUUGGAUGGAUGUUGGUUUAUAAAUGUUGGAUAGUCUUUGAAACAGUCAAAAAAGAUAUUAAGUGUUUUGACAAAAUCUGAUUCCCUGCUGGCAAAUGGCAUGUAUUGACACCAGAUUAAGAAGUUUUAGUCAUCCUGACCAAGAAAGAGGCAUUUUUUCUGAUCCACAGUUUACUGAGUCUUCACCCUUUAACAACGACCAACAUUUCAAGCCCACUAUUUUGCUUAAUGUUUUUGCAGGUUCUCAGUAUCUACGGUUUGGACUAGCAAUCAUGGAUAAAUCACCACAUACUGUCUCUUCUGCUCCUGCAAAGCUAACUGACUACUUCAAAAUGUAUAAUUGUGUAGAAAAAAAAAGUUAAAUUAUGAUUGAAUUUAGUUUUGUUCUUUUGAAAGUUCUAGAUUUUAUUAUUAUUAUUUUUUGCCUUUAAAUGUACGGAAAGGGGAACGUCUGAAGUGACAGAAGAAUAAACUCGCUGAGUUUAAAACUUA